CUUUAAUUCGAAUUCUAAUUUAAAAUUAUGGUUAUUACUUGUGACAACUCAAAAUGCUAGGUUUAAGAAACAUUUCUUAAUAAACAAAAAUACAAAUACCAGUAAUCCCAAAAACACGGGUGAUUCUACUAGCUCUGCAACUAACGUUACUAGCAACAAAAUUACAACCAUUUCACCACCACAACUGAUGUCUAAUAAUUCAAAGUUACGACGACGAAAAAGAACGGUUGAAAAGAAACGACGAAUAAGUCAUACAAGCCAUUCACCUGAAUUAGUUCCUGAUAUACUGUAUGAAAUUUUCUUUUACUUAUUUAUUGAAGAUGAAGAUGACCCGGCUUUGAUACCAGAAAACGGAACAAAUAGGAUCAAUCCAGUAUCAGAUAUUUAUAAUUGUUUAUUGGUCAAGAAAAGUUGGUCUGAAGUUGCACUUCAAUUUCUGUAUAGUAGACCAUUCAUGCGGAGAGGAAGGAAACAAGUUGAAUUGUUUCUCUCAAUGCUCAACUAUAAAGAAAUUGAAUAUCUGAAAAAUCAAGGAAUCAAAGAAAUGAAUAAAAUACAAUCAAAUCUUCAAUCAACAAAAUUUCCAUACCCAGCUUACCUUAGAACGCUUGACUACGGAAGAUUAAUAGUAUCAGCUUGGGCUUUCUGCAAUUCAAACUGGGUAACUCGAACACUUGAUAAUAAAGUUAUUUUGGUGACUCGCGCGUUACUACGACUUUUCGUCAGAUCACAUUCAACGUAUUUCACCACUAUCAACUGUUCACUUGGCAAAUAUUCAUUUGCUGAUGCGUAUUAUUCGGUCCUUGCUGAACCGGAAUUUGAUCGAUUUCUUGCAAUGGCGAAAAGAUGCAAGAUUGAUUGUAAUUUUGCAGAUGAUGCAACUUUUCUAGAUCAAAUUCCGCGAAGUUUACGAAAUUUGGAUAAAAUUGAUAUGAAAUGUUCAACGACAAUGAAUAAACUUGGAAAGAAAUGUUCCAUUACCGACUACAGCAGCGUAAUCAUCUCGCAAAAGAAUUUAAUUUCACUCCAACUGCGACAAUAUGAAUCAUUCCUCGAUCGAAUACUGGAAUCGCUGACAUUUCAAACACAUUCACUUGUCGAACUCAAAUUCGUCGA